GAUUAACUUGUACGCCAGGGUCCAUCUGUUGCCGAAUCGCAUUAAUCGCAUUAUCAGAUACUAAACAUUUCAUUUCAUUUCAUUUUUUGCCGUUGCAUCACCGAUUUCACUUAUACGAAUACCGCAUUGGGGACGACGAGGGACGAGGAAGAGGAAGAGAGAGGCAUUGGAAAAGCAGUAAAUAGGCUAGCAGUUCCAUGCAACCUACCUAUGAAAUAACAACAAAAAUUUACCCAUCAUGUCUUGCAAAUUGAGUCCUUGGGGCGCCGCCGCCGCCGUCCGGAAUCUGAGCGUUCGAACACGACGAAUACCCACGACGCCCUUCCAAAUAGCAGCCCGUCCCAAGCAACAACUAGCUCGUCACCAUCAGCAGCAACACCAGAUGCCGUUCUUAAUAACGACGAGAGGAUUUAGCAAUGAUACCACCUCCUCUACAGACCCGCCGUCGUCGGUACCUCCCGAAACCCCCUACGUGCCCACGCCGCCCGAACACUUCGCGCCGAACUUCCUCAACGCCGAGGCUAUAGCCGCGCUGGAGAAGGCCGCCGCCGGCGAGUCCAUCUAUGGUGACGGUAACGACGGCCUAUUGUUCGACAUGCCCGAUCGUGUCGAUAAGGAUUCCAUGCUGCAGAGCAGAUACCACCCCGUGGUAGAGCAGGUCACGAAGCUCAUCAUGAAGGACGGGAAGCUGGCCAAAGCUCAGAGGAACAUGGCCAUGAUCCUCAAUUACCUCCGAACUAGCCCCGCGCCCAAAGUCUCCCCCCUGCGACCCCUCCUCCCCGGCUCCCCGCCUCCCGAGCAGCUGCCCCUGAACCCGCUGCUCUACCUGACUCUCGCGAUCGACUCCGUGGCGCCCCUAAUCCGCAUCCGCAGCAUCAGCGGCGCCGCCGGUGGUGGUCGCGCCCUGGAACUACCGCAGCCGAUCGCGGCGCGCGCGCGCCGCCGCAUGGCCGUCAUGUGGAUCAUGGACGUCGUGCGGCGCAAGCGGUCCGCGGGCUCCGGCCGCACCCAGUUCGCCACCCGCUUCGCGCAGGAGCUGGUGUUCGUCGUCGAGGGCAAGUCCACCGUCUGGGAGAAGCGCAACAGCAUCCACAGGCUGGGCACCGCCGCCCGCGCCAACCUGUCGCAUCCGGCUGUCCUGGGGAAGAAGAUGAAGAGGCGCUGAAGAAAGAAAGAAAUGGGAGAAAACUAAACUAUCUACGGUACGAUACGAUAUGAUAUUGGAAGAUCGUAUAUAUAUAUAUUAGGUUAGGUACCUAUGCCUCUGAUCCUGACUUGAUAUAAUUGUCCAAGAGGUUGGUUGAAUGGGAAGGAAGAUAUAGGGGGAAAGGGGGACAGAGAGGAAGGGAAGGGAAAGGAAAGGGAUGAAAGGGACGGCUAAGUGAAGCUAACCGCGGAAAUUUCCCGAUGGGAUAAGAUAGGUAUUACACCUGUGGAAACCCAUACGUACAAUACCUAAGGUACCUACCUAACCUAGAUGAUGGGUAAGCUAUGCCGGUGCAACUACCGCCUGUGUACGCGUAUAUGUAUGAUACAAAUUAAAAAUCCAUGUACAAACACGAUAUCCUCCUCCGCUUGCUACCCUGCUUCUCAGCGAGAGGUCUAUUACGGUGUAAACAAGGAUUUAAACAAUUCGUGGUUUUAUCCCAAGUAGCAAAAAUAGAUAUAAUUUUCUCGCUUGAUACUUCUGCCUGGACUUUGCGGGUGGGAACAUACCUACCUGUAGGGAUU